AUGGACAAUGUCAACUGGACCAGUGUAUUGCAUUUUGUUCUCUUGGGCAUUUCUGCUCACCCAGAAGAACAGAUCCCACUCUUCCUUCUUUUUCUACUCAUGUACACAAUCACCGUUUUGGGCAACUUUGCCAUCAUCACACUGAUUAUCUCUACUCCAUGCCUCCACACCCCCAUGUACAUCUUCCUCAGUAACUUGGCCUUGGCAGACAUCUGCUUUACCUCCACCACUGUCCCCAAGAUGCUUCAGAACAUUUUCUCUCCUACAAAGAUCAUUUCCUACAUGGGCUUCUUAGUCCAGACUUAUUUUUUCAUACCCUUUGCAUCCAUGGAAAAUUUCCUCCUGGCUCUGAUGGCCUGUGACAGAUACAUUGCCAUCUGCCACCCUUUCCGCUACCCUAAGAUUCUGACCAAAAUGCUGUGUUCGCAGAUGCUGGCUCUGUGCCAUAUCCUCUCCCACCUUCAUGCCCUGCUGCACACCUUUCUUAUGGGCCGACUGAUCUUCUGUGCAGACAACAGGAUCCCUCCCUUCUUCUGUGACCUCUACCCUCUGAUGAAGUUAUCCUGCACCAGCACCCACCUCAGCACCCUGAUGACUCACACAGAAGGUGUUACUGUAAUCAGCAGAGCGCUGGCCUGCAUCCUCUCAGUGGUCCUCCGGAGCCCCUCAGCCAAGAGCAAGGGGACAGCCUUUUCUACCUGUGGCUCCCACCUUAUGGUGGUGGCUCUCUUCCAUGGCACCCUCGCAUGGGUCUACUUCCAGCCUCUUACCAGCUACUCGGUGGCAAAGGGUCGCAUCCUGACAGUCAUGCACACAGUGGUGACCCCCAUGCUGAACCCCUUCAUUUACAGCCUGAGAAAUGGGGGUGUCAAAGGAGCCUUCAGGUAA